ACAGAACAAACGGCCUUAGUGAACAUAACCCAGGCAUUCCCUUUUAAGCCGUUGUCUUAGUGAGAGAAAGACGAGAGAGAGACUUUCUCCCGGCAACCACCUCUUUUUCGAACAGUCUACAAUUAGUAAAAUUAGUCGGGGCACAAAGUUAAUGUCGAUUUUUCCCCCCAAACUCCUAGAGGGAUAAUCUCUUGUUUGUCAGGAUGAGGAAACUAACUAGACCAUUUCCCAGGGUGCUAAGGAAGAGCUCCUGCAGUUGAUCGUGGGAGGGGUCCGGACGCAGGGAGUUGGGAAGAAGGGAGAGAAUGUUGAGAUACCCCCCACACACACCCCGACGGGAAGCCGGGGCGAACUGUCCUCGGCUGGGCGCUGACACUUUAAAAUGGGGUCAGUCUGGGAGCAGCUGCUGCUGGGGAAACGUGUCACCGACCGGCCCCUCCAGCCAGGUCGGCUCGGACUCCAAGUCGAGAGCCGUGGGCGAAUCUCUCAGAGCAGGUCGUGACGCGGGGUGACGAGGCGAGCUCAGCCUGGCUGCGGGCCGGGAACCUCCUAAGAAGAGCCGCUCCGGUCUUGGCAGGGCUGUGAAGCUAGAAUGAGGCCGCGCGGUGGAGCUGCGGCUGGGGUCGGGGCAGCGGGGCAGCGAUGCGGGAGUGGUGCGCGGGGCAGGAUGCGGGACGGCGGGUAGGGCCUCUAAGCCGCCGGGCGCCGAUGCGGGGCAGGGGCUGCAGGCAGCCCUGCGGAGCUGAGCGGCUGCGCGGCCCGGAGCAACAGGGAAGGCUGUGGGGUCGGUGCGGGGUGGGGAUCCUCGCCCGACUCUGCGAGCCGCGCACUUGUCAGUUUCCUGCUGGCCCCGCCCCCGCGGAGUCCAUCCAGCUCCCCAGCGCUUAACUAAGUCGUGACACCAACGCAAAACCCACGUCUAAUUAAAUUAAUUAGGGAUCCUUGUCAAUCCUGGAUGAAUGACCGAGCGCACAGGAGGCCGGGGCUCGCUGAAGCCUGGACGGCGGGGACCUUCCUCCUCCCCCACGGCUCGGGUCCCCGCGCUGUCAGCCCGCGCCCGCACCGGCCCCGACUCCAGCCUCAAUUGCGCGCUCUCCGCCUCUCUCUCUCUCGCUCUCUCUCUCGCUCUCUCUCUCGCUCACGCUCUCGCUCUCGCUCUCUCACUCUCUCCCCUCCCUCCCCCCCCACCCCAGGUAGUGGCGCGGCUGCUGCUCCCCGGGAAGGGGCUCGCUCGAGUUGCAGGGGAGGUAAUUGACUCGGAACGAGGGCCGUCUUAAGGAAGUAUAAAUAGUGAGACUUCAAGCGCAGCGUCGCUAUCGGACCUGAACUCUCGGCAGGAAGAAUUGUCAAAGAUCUUAACAUCCAACGAGCGCGCUCCGGCGGGGAAGCCCGGGCCGCGGCCCCGCCGCCCCCGCCCCUCCCCCGCCGCCCCCUCCGCUCCCAGUCCUCCUCCUCCUCCUCCUCGUCUUCGUCCUCCUCCUCCUCUUCUCACUUCUCGUUCUCCUUCUACUUCUCCUCCUCUUUCUUCUUUCUUCUCUUCUUCUUCCUCCUCCUCCUCCUCCUCCCGCUCCUCCCCCACCCCUGCCCCAUUGAUGUGUUGUUAUUGGGGGGGCUGGAGCAGUAAGAAAAGGAGGAGGAAAAAAGGAGCGGGGCUCGGCUGGGAGCGGCUGGGCGCGGGGCCGACGGGCGGCGGCGGCGGCGGCGAUGGAAGAACUUACGGCGUUCGUCUCCAAGUCCUUUGACCAGAAAGUGAAGGAGAAGAAGGAGGCGAUCACGUACCGAGAGGUGCUGGAGAGCGGGCCGCUGCGCGGGGCCAAGGAGCCGAGCGGCUGCGCCGAGCCCGGCCGCGACGACCGCAGCAGCCCGGCAGUCCGGGCGGCCGGCGGAGGCGGCGGCGGAGGAGGCGGAGGCGGAGGCGGAGGAGGCGGAGGAGGUGCAGGAGGAGGAGGAGGAGCAGGCGGAGGAGCUGGAGGAGGGCGCUCUCCCGGCCGGGAACUGGACAUGGGCGCCGCCGAGAGGAGCCGGGAGCCGGGCAGCCCGCGGCUGACCGAGGGAAGAACGAAGCCAAGGCAGAAUAAGGUCCGGGCUAUGCUGCUGCUCCCGGGCGAGGCGUUUAGGAUUCAUUUUAGGGUUUUGUCCCCGGAGCUGAAGGAUCGCAAAGAGGAUGCAAAAGGGAUGGAGGACGAAGGCCAGACCAAAAUUAAGCAGAGGCGAAGUCGGACCAAUUUCACGCUGGAACAACUCAAUGAGCUAGAGAGGCUUUUUGACGAGACUCACUAUCCGGACGCCUUCAUGCGGGAGGAACUGAGCCAGCGGCUGGGGCUGUCGGAGGCUCGAGUGCAGGUUUGGUUUCAAAAUCGAAGAGCUAAAUGUAGAAAACAAGAAAAUCAGCUCCAUAAAGGUGUCCUCAUAGGGGCUGCCAGCCAGUUUGAAGCUUGUCGAGUUGCACCCUAUGUCAAUGUAGGUGCUUUAAGGAUGCCAUUUCAGCAGGAUAGUCAUUGCAACGUGACGCCCUUGUCCUUUCAGGUUCAGGCGCAGCUGCAGCUGGACAGCGCCGUGGCGCACGCGCACCACCACCUGCACCCGCACCUGGCCGCGCACGCGCCAUACAUGAUGUUCCCGGCGCCGCCCUUCGGACUGCCGCUUGCCACGCUGGCCGCGGACUCGGCCUCUGCCGCCUCAGUAGUGGCGGCUGCCGCUGCCGCCAAGACUACCAGCAAGAACUCCAGCAUCGCCGAUCUCAGACUGAAAGCCAAAAAGCACGCGGCUGCCCUGGGUCUGUGACGCCACCGCCAGCGCCACCGUCGCGCCUCCCGCGCGGCGCUCAGCCUGCACGCCCUCCGCGCUCCGUAGCUUCUCCGUUACCCCCUUCGAAUCCCUGGAGCCCGCCCUCUUUCCGCCCUGCCGACAAGCCCCUGUCCCCUUCUGCAGCCCGGACUCGAAGGGCCGGACUCCGCGCCAGACCCGGGAUCCCCCGCGGCGCACCUGCCCCGUGGCUCCUGCCCAGUCCACCCAAGGGCCUAGAAAUGGGCUUUGUAGGAGCGGGUUUGGGGAAGUCCGGAGAGAGACUGGACGAGAGAGUGUGGACAGCGGAGUGUGGCUCACGACAAAGCUGCGACAUGGACUCACAUAGAAAUAAAAUCGUGACAAAAAUGAGGAAAAAAAUAGAAAAGACAAACCUGAGAAAAAAGAGAAAGGAAACUUAUUUCUUAUUGCUGUUUCGCAGAAGCUGAAAUCGGAGAGAAGGAAGGAGCAAAACCGUUUUAAAAAAUUAAAGUAUUUUAUACAUUAAAAAAAUACGGGAAAGUAACCUGGACGAAUCUCGAGAGAAUGGGGGAGGGGGUUUUACCAACUUAAAUGUAUGUGUGUUUUUUUUUAAUGGGCUAAGAAGGCAAAACAGAAGGAAGAGGUAUACUUAUUUAAAUAAUUAUGAUGAAAAAAGUGCGCAGCUGGGAAGUUCACAGGUUUUGAAACUGACCUUUUUCUGCGAAGUUCACUUUAAUACGAGAAAUUUGAUAAGAGAGGCGGGCCUCCUUUUACGUUGAAUCAGAUGCUUUGAGUUUAAACCCACCAUGUAUGGAAGAGCAAGAAAAGGGAUGAAAGUCCAAAAACGAGAAGAGGAAAAAAAUGAUAUUAAUACAAAAAAAGAUGCCACAGACAAUUAUUUCCCUGAGAAAUUAUUAUGGCAGAACUGUCCGGACUGCUGACAGUAAAUUCUGGUUUGCAUGUUACUUGUAUUCCAUUGAUGGUGUCUCCCCCUACCCCUCUUUACUCAUGUGCACUCACUCCAUUUUCAUCUUCAGAACAACAACAACAAAAUACCAGAAGCAUCUGGAAAUUGAUAUAUAUGUCUAUUUGCCCUGUCUUUGAUCCUGCGGGGCGAAUGGGAAAAGUCAUGAGGGAAGGGAGGAAAUACACUCUGGUGUUCCAAGCGGACAGAGGCAGGCAAAAGGUGUGGGGGAAGGAUAAAGAAGACAGAAAACCAAAAGAAAUAAAGUCCAACGCCUAGCACACAGUAGGCGCUCCAUGGGUGUUAGUCCCUCCCUCCCUGUUUCUCUGUUCCCUCCUGCUGGCUUCCGGAAGUCCUAUUUGAGGGCAGUGCUUGAUUUCCCGCUCUCUAUCCAGACAAAUCCACCUAAAAAAGCACCCAGCUAUAUACAGGCACUAGGUUUGUGUAAAAUAUGUUGAUACACACGAACAAAGUUUAUUUUGGCUAUAAUGUGUGAACUGAUGGUUGACUUUCAACAUUUGCAUUUUAUCUCACAAAGGUGUAUCUAUUCAAGUAAUCUUUUUUUGUUUGUUUCAAUUCAUGUAGCUAUUUAAACUGGGAUACCUUGGGUUAAGCAAUCUGUAUCUAGCAAGCCUCUUUAGUUUUAUUAAUUUUUUCCUUCUAAUUUACAAGAAAGAGAAAAAGCUCUUCUCACUGAACUUUGGUAUGCGGUUGAGCUUUGUAACUAUUUGUUCUCCAUGAAAACAAAAUUAUUUAUAUUUGCCAUAUUUUUUCUAGUGUAUUAAGUUAUUUUAAACAAAAGAAGAUGCUGUUAUCUCAUGACGUGUUGUCAGUACAAAAUGUUUCGGCUCCACCUCUGUAAAACGGUUUAAAUAAGUGCCAAGUUAUUAAUCGAAGACACUUUGCGAUCAAUUGAAUGAAAAUAGUAUUGUUUCAUU